AUGUCUACCACAGUUACUACGUCGCUUGCAACUCCUGGUACCGCUGGUGGCCCCAGCAGCCCCCCUGUGUCAACCGGCGGUGCUGGCGGCGAUUUGGGCGACGGUAGUGGUGGUGGUGGAAGAGGAGGAAGUGGAAGAGGAAGCGAAGGAGAAGGGUCUAACGGCAGCAAUGGAGCUUCAUCAACUUCCGGGCAUACAGCUUCGGGCACAACAAUCGUACAAGUCCCCACGGCAGGUGGCGAAGCCAUCCGGCCUGGCGAGUGGGUGCUGUUUAUGAUCGGUUUGCUUAUGGCCUUCUAG